UCGGUUCGAGCUGACUUCCCUCCCUUGGCCUCAUGCUCACACAAGGGAGCUACCGUUUUGUUCACUCAUCCCCCUGGCAUUUCCUUUGCACUCUGGAUCUCCAUCAUUUCGAAGGAAUCGCCCGAGCUGGCUACCCAAAUGGCGAGGGCAUUCAGCUACCUCCUUAUCACCUUCAGCUUCUUUACCGUCGUCUCUCUAGCCCAAUCAUCUCCCUCUGCGUCACUCCUCCUCCCCCACCUCACGCUGGGUCCCUCCCCGCCAUGCUCUUACCGCUCUUUCUUUCUCCUCCAAACGCUUCCAGAACCUCCUCCGAUCCCCGUCGCCUCCUCCAGCGAUCCAAUGCUCGGAUGGGACUCUACGAUGAUCUCCUCCUCCGCGGGUACUACACGACACGGCUUUGGAUCGGGACGCCACCUCAGAGAUUUGCCCUUAUAGUUGAUACGGGGAGCACUAUCACCUAUGUCCCCUGCUCUAGUUGCCAGCAGUGUGGCACGCACCAGGAUCCAAAGUUCCAGCCAGAAUUGUCGAGCACCUACCAGCCUGUGAAAUGCAAUUUGGAUUGCAACUGUGACAAUGAGAAGGUGCAAUGUGUGUACGAGAGACAAUAUGCUGAAAUGAGUAGUAGCAGCGGUGUUCUUGGUGAGGAUGUUGUAUCCUUUGGCAGUUUAAGCAAUCUUCAGCCGCAGCGUGCCGUUUUCGGCUGUGAGAAUGAGGAAACUGGUGAUCUUUUUAGUCAACGAGCUGAUGGAAUCAUGGGCUUGGGCCGUGGUGAUCUUAGUAUAGUGGACCAGCUUGUUGACAAGGGUGUGGUUAGUGAUUCCUUCUCGUUAUGCUAUGGUGGAAUGGAUGUUGGUGGGGGUGCUAUGGUUCUUGGCGGCAUUUCUCCCCCAACAGACAUGGUGUUUACCCACUCAGACCCUUUUCGGGAUGGCAACAGUCCAUACUACAAUAUCGAUUUGAAGAACAUACAUGUUGCGGGGAAGCCAUUGUUGCUAAAUCCAAGGGUCUUUGAUGGAAAACAUGGAACCGUCUUGGAUAGUGGUACAACAUAUGCCUACUUGCCUGAAGAAGCAUUUUUAGCAUUUAAGGAUGCUAUUAUGAAGGAACUUAAUUCCUUGCAGAAGAUUCGUGGUCCUGAUCCAAAUUAUAAUGAUAUAUGCUUUUCUGGUGCUGGGAGUGAUGUCUUGGAACUAUCAAAAACCUUUCCAGCUGUUGACAUGGUAUUUAGCAACGGGCAAAAGCUGUCACUAUCACCUGAAAAUUACUUGUUUCGUCACUCAAAGGAACAUGGUGCAUAUUGCCUGGGGGUUUUUCAGAAUGGAAAGGAUCCAACCACUCUUUUAGGAGGUAUCGUUGUCCGCAAUACUCUUGUUACAUAUGAUCGUGAACAUUCAAAGAUUGGUUUCUGGAAAACCAAUUGUUCAGAGUUAUGGGAAAGACUUCACAAAUCUGGUGCCCCUCCACCAAUGCCUUCAGCUCCAAAUGAAAAGAAUUCAACAGCAGAAAUCCCACCUACAUUAGCUCCCACUAAAGCACCACAUUAUGUGCUUCCAGGGGAACUCCAAAUUGGAGAAAUAACAUUUGAUAUCAUAUUCAACGUCAGCUACUCAGAUCUUGAGCAUCAUAUUACAGAACUGGCUAAGUUCAUAGCUGAUGACUUGGAAGUUAAUCUCUCUCAGGUCCAUUUAUUGAAUUUUACUCCCGAUGGAAAUGAUUCCCUCAUUAGAUGGGCCAUCUUUCCAGCAGACUCCAGUAACUACAUUUCUAAUGCGACAGCUAUGAAUAUGAUUGCCCGAUUUGCUGAACAUCAAGUGGAGCUUCCUGGGACCUUUGGAAGUUAUAAGUUGGUUCGAUGGAGCAUUGAACCUCUGGCAAAACGGUAUAUAUAUUAUUCACUUAUUGCUCAUGAUAGCAUUACAUUUUUACUUCUUGGGCUCCUUGGCUCAGCAUUUGGAUGAAGCUUAAUAUAUGAGUAUCGGCAAUCUGAGUUAGUCUCUUUAAAUUGGUUUUACUUUAACAUGGUCACUUAUAAAAAAAAAACUUUAACAUGGUCCCUAAAUUCUCAAAUAUAACCACAUAAGAGUUCCUAAAAUCUAAAUAUGGCCCUUUAAAGAAAAACUAAAUAUCUAAAAAACAAAUUGUGACGAAAAAGCCAAAGUGAUUAUUAUGUUGUUUGAGUCUUGGAGCAUGUGAGCACUGCCCCUGUAUGAUGAAAAGUAGGAUGAGGUACCUGAUUAAGAGGAAAGGCCUCCACCCUGCGUGGUCCAUGCAUGGUGGAGUUUGGGUUUAUUUUGCAAUUUCAAGGCAUAUCAACACAGAUAUUCAGUGCACCCAUCUUGCAAACCUUUUCAUUUGUUAAUGACAGUUACCUAUCUUGGGUAUCCUCCCCUGCAUACCAAAAGCUUUUCUGAGUUG